UGUGUGUGUGUUGUGUAGAUGUGUUUUGUGGGCCCCAGCGUCACAUCUGUGAUGUCUAAGUCACUGACUCUGUUCUCCUCCUGAAGCACAACACAAGCUGCCAUCGACUCCUGUCACUCAGAGAGUGUGCUACAGCAGGUGGAUAGAACCCUGCCAUGGUGGACCUUUUCAUGGACAAGAUCUUGGUGAAGAACAACAAGGACCGCGAUGAGCUGGACACGGAACGUGAGAUCGUUCUGCGUCUGCAGAACCGGAUUCUCAUGCUGUUCUUCGGCUCGGGGGACUGCGAGCGCUGCCAGGACUUCGCCCCGACCCUCAAGGACUUCUACAAGCAGCUGACCGACGAAUUCUACGUGGAACGGGCCGCACAGCUGGUUCUGAUCUACGUGUCGCUGGACGACUCGGAGGACCAGCAGGACAAGUUCCUGAAGGAGCUGCCCAAGCGCUGCCUGUUCCUAAACUAUGAGGACCCCUACAGGAAAGAACUUGGCCUGAUGUUCGAGGUGGAGGAGGUUCCCACCGUGGUGGUCGUGCGUCCGGAUUGUUCCGUGCUGCUCGCCAAUGCCGUCACUGAGAUCACGGAGCUCGGCCCAGACUGCUACCGCAACUGGCAGGAGGCGUCCGAGAUCAUCGACCGCAACUUCGAGCUGCACGAGGAGUUCGACGAGAACAAAUCUCGCAGCUUGACCGACCCGCUCCGUCGGAUGAAGUACAAGGUGAAGGACGAGAAGAAGAAGAAGAAGAAAAAGAACAAGAAAAAAAAAGGUUUUCUGGGAGGAGGAGGAGGAGAUGAGGAGGAGGAAGACGAAGGUGAAGUAGCGGAGGAUGAAGAGGACAACAAGGCAGAGAAGAGCCAUUGAGGUUAACCAUCUUGAUCCUGAGGGCAAGAGCCAGAGCACCUCAUAGGUUCAAAGCUUGUCAAUCAAGUCAGGCAUGGUGUGUGAUUGGUCACCCCACCUGACCGGGAUUGCUUCACUGGAUAGCUGCCAGAGUGAGAGCUGAAGUUAUAGGCCUGUACUGCUCCCACAACAUAGUCAGGAGAAGUGUGUGUGUGUGUGUACAUGUGUGUGCUCCAUUGAAGAGACUGACUGUUUGAUGCUAAUGCUUGAAACCACACCAGAGACACAGUUGAACAGUUGUGCAUUCAUGACACACAUGGAAAUUCAAUAAACAUUUUUGUAUUAAAAUUAAAA